CGCAUUCGACAGUUUGUCUUUUUCGAACGGUUAGAGUCUAACCUCGUGUUCAUGUUGUUGUUCCGCCAAUUAUUUUACUAGUAGAGAAUCUAUAUAAUUUGAACAAAAUGACUGAAGAGAAUACUGAAAUUGAUUGCGUAUUACGACCGAUGAAUUGUGAGAUUAAUUUGCUGUCGAGGUCUGAUGGUUCCACAAUGUUUAUGCAAGGCGAUACCGCUAUUAUCGCAGGUGUAAACGGCCCCAUGGAAGUAAGGAGCCAAAAAAUGGCAUACGAUAAAGUUUCCGUAGAAGUUACAUAUACACCUCUUAAAGGCCCAGCUAAGAUAGAUGACAGAUUAAUUGAAACGUAUAUAAGGGAGACUUGUGAAUCUGCUAUAUUGGUUUCAAUGCAUCCUAAUACCAUGGUAUGCAUUAAUUUGCAAGAGAUGCAAGAUUUUGGCGGGUUACUGGCUUGUGCUAUUAAUGCAUCAUGUCUGGCAUUAAUUAAUUCAGGACUUUCUAUGAAAUACACCAUUGCAGCUAUAAAUUGCAUGAUAGAAAAAGAAACAGGAAAAGUAAUUAUAGAUCCCGAUAGCACACAAUUAAAGAAUGCAAAGGCAGAGUUUACAUAUGCAUUUGACAGUAUUAACAAAGAUAUCGUAUGCUGCCAUAGUGUCGGUCGAUUCUUCCAAAGUGAGUUUUUAGCCUCUAUGGAUAAAUGUAAACAAGUUAGUCAAUGUGUAUUUGAUUUUUAUAGGGAAACCACAAAAAAAUAUGCAAAUACAGUAUAAUACCAUCUUAUUCCCACAAGCAUCCUUUUUUUACUUUUCUUAUCUUUUUUAUUUAAAAAAAGAGAUAACAUUAAUAUAGAAAUAAUUGCUUUCUAUUCAGUAUCAUUCAGUUGAUACUACGAUAGAGUAUCAAUUGCAGAAUGGCAUCUGCACAAUCAACAUAUGAUUGGGAAGAUGAAGAAAUUUAUUUCUUUACCAACCAUAAAUAAGAUGAUAUUAUACAUCAUUUUAUGUGACUUCUUUUUCUUGUAUAUUUUUUGUUACGUUAUAUUUAAACUUAUAAAGUUUAAUGUUUUCUUUAUCGUAUUUUUACUAUUCGUAAUUAAAGAAGGAAGUACAUUUCUUAACUUCUACUGAUAUACAUCUGAUUGUACUGAUAUACACUUUAGUCUCUGCAUGUUGCCAACAGAGGAUGCAACACAUCUCUUGAUUUCUGCUGCCCUCUUGAGCAGCUUUUCUUUAUGAUACCUUUAAAUUAAAACUCUAAUUAAUAAAUAAU